AUCUCCUUGGACGAAGGAGAAGAAGAAGAAGCAGUCACAUUCCAAAGCAUUUCUCGAACGCCUGUUCUUGCAUUGGACUAAUCGCAGCUUGUGUCCUUCUACCAUGAAUAAGGCCAAGGCUGCGGCGGUGAAACCCGAACCCCAGGUCGAACCGACACGGAUCCUCGCAGAAACUGUUCCUUUGCCUGCCGAACAACUUGCCCCUCCUCCUGUUGAACAACCUGCCUUGCCACUUCCAGAGCCUGCUCCGCAACUUGAGCCACAGCCCGUCCCAGAGCCUGCUCCGAAACCUACAGUAAGGCUUGUCCUACCGCCCCCUGCGCGUCCAGGUCAACGAUUGAUCCAACCGACUCCGACCCGUCACCAACCAAGGGCAAGAACUGCUCCGUCCUCAAAAGAAGCGCACCCCGCAACUGCAGCGGGGGUUAUCAAAUCAGCAGGAGCAACAGCUCUGGAGGGCGCAGCACAGCAAGACGUGAACAAAGAGCAGAAACCGGGAACCACAGUCUACGACGUUGUGCCAGCUAAUUUAAAUGUUGUCCAGCAAGCCUAUCCUGUUCGUAAGUUCAGUUCGACACUCACGGUGUUUUCGACUGGUCGUCCCGAUACUUCGAGCUGGUGCGGGUCAGACCGCAUUUCACUCUGGCUUCGAGCCGGAGGAAUCGAGCACAGGCCGAACGCGGCAGGUUCGGGCAGAGGAGCGGAGAGGGAAUGUCGGCUAACAUGGCUUGCGGUGUGUCCCUCGUAGUCAAAACAACGACCACGCGAAAUCCGGAACAUGGCAAGCAUGGCGGAACAGGAACACUACUCAGAAUAAAGCUACGAGCCGGUCAAAAUUUUUUGGCGGCGGCGGUGCCUGACCGAGAUGGUCGGCGGCGGCGGCGGCGACCGCCGUCACAUGGUGUGACAGCGUUUGGCGGCACGUGGAUGAAAAGAUUAGCAAUAUACGCCAUAAUAGACGGGGUGGGGCAAGUUGAAACUUUUUUUUCUUAGAAAAUCGUCCUAAUAGACCUCUACCCGAGAAACGUCAUCAUGGCAUUGGUAGACAGACUGAAACAAACAAAUCUGAAGGGGAGGGCUGGGUUCUACGAAUGGGCAUUUGCUCGCUGCCUGCUCUUGAAAGAAAAGUACGAGCGAAGGUCGAGGUCCCUUUCAGGAACCAUCGCAAUCCCCUCAAGACCGUGGCUUUCGCGCGCGAACUUGUUCGCCACUAGCUUGGAGCGUAGUUCAAGUCUACCAAAUUGGAGCCGCUGUCGAACACUAUGACGUCAUUUGUUCACAAACAGGGAGACGUCUAUUCUGAACGUUCCUGGUGGUGUAGGCAUUUCAGUGCACUAGCUGCACGGUUGAUCCCUCUGGAAACUGUGGAAUAGAAAUGACGCGAAUAUUGCUUGACAGUAUGACCAAAGCGACGUAGCAACAGGCUACGGGUGGGUUCAAUCAAUUGGGUAUUGCACAAGGCAGGAAUCUGUGAUUUGCCGUGCAGUCACGACAAACGUAUAUAGGUCUUUGUUACUAUACAAUCCCAGUGUGACCAGCCUUUGCCAACAUCACACUGAACCCACUCCUUGUUCCCUUAGUACUUCUCAUGUCCCACCAGACAGUAAUAUUCCAUGAAGUCAGCCACAACAGUAAUUGGGCGCCGUUUAUUCCUCCGUCUUUGCUCUGCUCAAUGUUUGCCGUGUUUGAUUUUUCCUGCGACGUACACUGUUGAAACAUAACUUCACCACAUGGCACGCUCCUAGCCAACCACGAUUCCGAAUGAUAUCAUGCUGUAUGAUGAUUCGUUCGAAAACAGGGGGAGGAGUCUAUCUGGGACAUGCAUAAUCUGUCCUAGAUAGGCGCCUCCUCCCAUUUUCGGCAAAUAAGAGCAGAGAAUGGUAUCAUUCGGAAUGAUGGUUGGCUAGGAGCUUGCUAUGUGGUGAAGUUCUGUUUUAACAGUGUACAUACAACCUUUACGUUUCCAAGUUGAAGCACUUGUUGCAUUAUGCGGCACUCCACCCUGAGCCAGUUCCGGGCGGUGCAGGACCAGUUCUGAACUAGCGCAGCACUAGGCCCGCUCCAGUUCAACGGUUCAACACUAGUGCCGCCGCGAAACGAAUAUCGAAGUGCAGCGCAAGUGCAGGCCUUCUGCUCUCCGCAAGUCUUAACACCGCUACGGAUUGUAAGAACGCGUGUGACAUUUCAAUCACACGUGCAUCUGUAGUGAACCGUUAUUUCGACUUCGAGUUCAAACGUCUCUUCCGCCAUUUACAUUAACUAUUAUUUGCCUUGAGUCGUCUGCUGCCAUUCCCGCCAUUACUCUGCACUACCGUUGAACUGACCCCUGCGGGAGUGCAGAGUUUCCUUACACUAGGGCUACACUUGGCGUGCACUGGUUUGAAAAGAACGAGGCGGUGCAGGGGGCGUUCGGCUGCACUGGCAAAACGAAUGGGCGAGUGCAGCACCACCGGAACUGGUUCAGGCAGUGCAGGCCUGGUCGAACGUACACUCUUAAAAAUGAACUUCACCACAUAGCACGCUCCUAGCCAACCACC